AUGUCAUCCCAGCCAGGCGCCAUCUUUGACCGGGUCCAGAGUGACGAAGAGAAAGCUGCCUUCACCUACGCGGUAGAACAGAUCAACGCCGACAAGAGGAUUCUUCCCCAGGCCCGGCUCAUACCCCGGAUGGAGACGGUUGAAAACGGUGACGGUCUGCUUGUAGUGGAGAAAGGCUGCUCUUUGAUGGCCCAGGGUGUCGCCGCCAUCUUGUCCUCAACCUCCUGCUCAUCUAACCUGAUGCUGCAGUCUGUGUGUGACGUCAUGCACGUACCUCACAUCUUCGUGUCACGUGACACGUGUGACGUCACUCCGGACACAAAGUACACCCUGAGUAUGAACCCAGCGGCGUUUGAGGUGGACAGAGCUCUGUCUGAUAUCAUCAGGCAGCAGAGGUGGAGGACCAUGGUGGUCCUGUAUGAUGAUGAGCUAGCGUUCAGCAGGGCGGAGACGCUCCUGUUGUUGACCAGAGGUCUGGUUCCUGAGAUCAUCUUACUCCGGCUGCCGUCUCUCUCCAACGGCAGCGACACCAAAGUCACCCUGCCGAGGGUCAGUGAAGACCCAAAGACCCUCUUCAAACACGCUGUUCUACUCUGUACUGUGGAGAACAGCAUCAGCGUCAUCAAUGAGGCAAAUCAACGUGGGCUGUUCACACCGGAACACCACUGGAUCAUCGCUAAUGAGGCGAUCAGCGAUCAGAAGAUAAAGGCUAUGAACAUGUCGACAGGCCAGCUAACCGUCGCACGAAGGCGCGUUCCUGAGACUGGGUACACUUCUGACUUCCUGGAACAUUGGAACUCCUUGUCAGCAAACGUGACGAACAACACUGCAGAUAGCGUCUACGAUAUCAAGAUGACGGCUCUGUACAUGCACGAUGCUGUGCUGCAUCUUGCCCAGGCUGUGUACGCCUUGUUCAGGAACAGACAGUGGAUUGGCCCCAACAAACUAAGGUGUUCGUUAGACGUGUCCUUACCAUGGCCAGGUGGUGCUUUGUUGAUGAAGGAAUUCAAAAAGCAGUCCGACGAAGGAGGUGUUCUUGGAAACUCCAUCUUUGAGGAAGGAAAGCUGCAUUCAUCACUUAGCUCUAAACUGAAGACACAAGCAAUGAACGGGGCAGGAACACUCACAGAUACAACUUGGGCGGGGUGGUGGCCAGCAGACAUAAUCUCCGAAGAGAACUUCUUUGAAGAGAUGAAGAAAAAGUCGGGCAUCAAAGGCAGAACAUUGAGAGUAGUAACAUUACAGGAAGAACCGUUUGUGUUCAAGACGGAUGAGAACGUGUACACUGGAUUCUGCAUCCAGCUUUUAAAGGAGCUCUCCGCCAUGUUGGAUUUCGACUAUCUAAUCUACGAGGGGCCUGAUGGGAAAUAUGGUAGCCUCCAGGAAGAUGGAAACUGGGACGGGUUGAUGAAGAACGUUAUUGAAGAUGAGGCAGACCUAGCUCUGGGCGCUAUUCCAGUCACGCCAGACCGGGAAAAGACAUUAGACUUCACCAGGCAGUUCAUGGAGGCUUCCAUCGGUAUUCUGGUCAGACAGCGAGCAAAGAAGGCCGACUGGUUAACGAUUGUCAAACCGUUUCAUCUGAAGGUAUGGCUGUGUACGAUCGCUGGAUUCGCAGUGGUUAGUUUUGCCUUGUUUCUGUUGCAUCGAGCUGGAGCCAGCGAAGAUGGAGAAAAAAUCGUCAAGGACACAACCGAACCAAACCUGGAGGACACGGUUUGGUUUGUGUACGGCACUUCGGUCAGACAAGGCGGAGGGAUAUCUCUGAGGCGACUUUCCACUCGGAUCCUGACGGGCGUAUGGUGGCUGUUUGUCCUGAUUGUUCUCUCAUCUUACACCGCAAACCUGGCCGCCUAUCUCACCGUCACCAGGCUGCAAACUCCCAUCACAUCAGUACAGGACCUGUUAUCCUUCGGUUCCUACUCCUUUAGCGCACUAGAGCGCAGCAGUGCAGGCCAGUUUCUGUCCGGGUCUGACGCGCCUGUACACCGGCAUGUGUGGUCACACCUUGUCAGAAGAAACAGCAGUCGUGUGAAAGAGACUACAGAAGAAGUCCAACGGGUCAAAGAAGGGUCACAUGGUUUGGUAGGAGACAUCGCUGUCAUUAAGUAUUUAGCAGACAGGGACCCUAGCUGCCAACUGUCUGUGGUCGACAUCACAACGCACAACUAUGGCUACGGUCUGGCUUUUAAAAACGGUUCACAGUUCACCGAGGUGUUCUCUUUAGCAAUCCUAAAACUCCAAGACAGUGGCAGAAUGGAUGAGCUCAGACAGAAGUGGUGGCCGGGAAGAAGCGGUAAUUGUCCUCUUCACGGCAGUCUUCUAAACAGCGAGACAGCAGAGCUCGACCUGGAGACCUUUGCCGCCGUCUUCUGCAUACUGAUAUUUGGUUUAGUGCUGGCCUGCACCACGUCACUGCUUGAAGUGCUUUGCCGGAGAAGUCGACGUCGCGCGGAGAUGUCCAAAGGAAAAGAGGCCAGACUGAAUGGUGAAUUACAGAUGGGUAAGAUCAGCAGUAAGACGAAGACGUCACCCGGGGUCUCUGUCCACAGGGAAGACAACGGCGAGAUCCACAUCCACGUCUCCCCGCCGGAACAGUUCCCUCCCCCGCCUCCAACACCGUUUCACCUGGCGAGAACCUACUGUGAGUGCUGCGGCGACACGAAGAAAAACAAAGACAGUCCCGCGAGGAGGAAGUAUUGUUUCUGCUCCAGCCUCGAUCAAGAAGAGGGUAUCUGGACCACGGGAUCAACAGCUACGUCAGUAGAUUCAACUACAGACACUGUACAGAAUCCGGCCGAUUUUACUACAAAGUUAUAA